AUGGGUGUUCUUAGAAAAACAUUGAAUUGGUAUGCUAAAUUAUCGCCUAGUCGAGGAAGAACAAAUCCACCAUAUGAACAUGUUACACAAAUAGGGGAUCCCACGUUACGUAAAAUUUCAGAAGACGUUCCUAUAGAUAAAAUAAGAUCACCUGAAAUUCAAAAAAUCAUCGCAAUUUUAAAACAUGUUCUCAAACAUUAUGGUAGCGUUGGAAUGUCUGCACCUCAAAUAGGUAUUAAUAAAAGAAUAUUUGUUAUGAGACAUACAAUCAAGGAAAUAAAGUCUGAACUACCAGAAAUUAUAAAAAGUAGAUGCAUGUAUGAAAUACCUUUGACUGUCUAUGUUAACCCAAGGUUAAAAGUAUUAGAUUACGAAAAAGUAGUCCAUACUGAGGGAUGUGAGAGUAUACGAUCAUUUCAAGCUGAAGUAGCAAGAUAUAAAGCUGUAAAAAUCUCUGGCUAUAAUAGUGAUGGGGAAGAAUCAUGCCAUUCUUACCAUGGCUGGCCAGCAAGAAUUGUACAACAUGAAAUGGAUCACUUGGAUGGCAAACUGUAUACUGAUAUAAUGGAUCGUAAGAGUUUACAGUGUAUUUGUUGGGAUGAAGUCAACCUUUCUAAAGGAAAAAUUGCAAUACCAUUUAGACCUGAUUAA